AUGGAUUCCCAAUCUGCUGCUGUAAUCACUGCUGCUAUAAAAGAACAAGAGACUUCUCAAAAUAAUAAUAAUACUCCGAAUGAAGAAAAUAAGCAAAACACAGAAUCAAAACAAGAAUCAUCACACCAACAAGAUCAAGAUGUAUCAACUCAAGAAAAUAUUCAUAAUGAGUUGGUUACCGAAGAACAACGCCGUGCGCUUCAAAGAUUAGCUCAACAACAACAAGCUCAUCAAGAUGUUACCGCCAUCCAUAUUGAUCCUCAAGUUCAUAGUCAUAAUGUUGAUGUAACUGAUGAACAACAACAACAACAACAACAUCAACAACAACAGUUUCAAGUGAUUCAACAACAACUGAAUGAAGGGCUGAAGACUAAGGAUAACAAAGUUCUUCCUAGAAAAUCAACACAAAGACCAUUUGCUGUUGACCCAGAGCUUAAUGUUGCUGUGGGUAUUGUUCAAGAUAUUGUUGGUCCAAGAGUUCACCGUGAACAACAACCAGAACAACAGCAAUUCACACCAACAUCAAACGGAUCAAACCAAUGUACAAGAUGUAAAAAAGAAUUUGCUGUUGAGCUAGAUGGGAAAUCAUAUAAAUUAUGUCCACACUGUCGUGAUUUACAAAGACAAAGAUCAAGAAGAUGGCAACAAAGAAUAAAACAAAAAGAUGGUGCUUGUAAAAGAUGUGGUAUUGAAAUCCCCCCAGAUCAGUCAGAAUAUGUUCUAUGUCCUCCAUGUCGUCUGAAUUUGAGAACUAGAAAAGCCAGUAGAUAUGAAAAUGGUAAAUGUGUUCAUUGUUCAGGUAUAAAUGAUUCAACUGAAUUUAAAGUUUGUACAAGAUGCAGAACUAAUGAUAAAUUGAGAAGAAAAACUCUUGAAGAGCGUGGUUGUUGUAACCGUUGUGCCAAUGCUUUAACUUCAAAGGAUGAGAAUCAUAAGGUUUGUUUGAAUUGCAGAUCAAGAAAGAGAAGUUCGACUAAGAAUAAUCAAUCCAAUGUUACAUCAAAUCAACAACCACAACUAAAUGAACAACAAAUUCAUCAACUCCAACAACAGUCACAAGCCACACAACAACCUCAACAAGCUGUGAGCUCAGCAGAUGCUAAUAUUAAUUAUCAACAACAGUUUGCUCAACACGCUCAACAGUUAGAAGCUAAUCUGUUUGCCCAAUAA